UUGGAAAAAAAUUAGACAUUCGUUUACAUACUCUUUGUUCGAUUAGUUUUCUUUUACUCCAUUUUACUCUUUUCCGGUUUACCUGUGGAGUGCGCGUGACGUCUGCCACAGGCUUCCCAAGAUGGGUGCGUACAGAUAUAUUCAGGAGCUGUACCGAAAAAAAUUGAGCGAUGUUAUGCAUUUUCUAUUGCGUGUAAGAGUAUGGCAGUACCGCCAAUUGACUCGUAUGCAUCGUGCUCCUAGGCCUACAAGGCCCGACAAAGCUAGAAGACUUGGUUAUCGUGCCAAGCAAGGUUACGUGAUCUUCAGAAUCCGCGUGCGCCGUGGUGGCCGUAAACGCCCAGUUGCCAAGGGUGCGACCUACGGCAAACCCAAGAGCCACGGUGUUAACCAACUGAAGCCCACUCGCAACUUGCAAUCUAUUGCCGAGGAGCGUGUUGGCCGCCGCUGUGGAGGUUUGAGAGUGUUGAACUCCUACUGGGUUGCACAAGAUUCCUCAUACAAAUACUAUGAAGUCAUCCUUGUUGAUCCAUCACACAAGGCUAUCAGACGCGAUCCCAAGAUCAACUGGAUAGUGAAUGCGGUGCACAAGCAUCGUGAGAUGCGUGGUCUCACAUCCGCAGGCAGAAGCUCUCGUGGCCUGGGCAAGGGCCACAGAUUCUCUCAGACUAAGGGAGGUUCCCGCAAAGCGACCUGGAUCCGCAGAAACACAUUACAGCUGCACCGCAAGCGAUAAAUUUACUAUUAACCAUUUCUGGCUUGAUAUUUGUUUU